ACCAAAAAAAAAGUAGACUUUAAAGCCAAAAGCUGCUUUCUUUGUACGCUCUGUUGUUGCCGUCGAUCUUCCUUGUUUUCAUUUCUUCUUGUUCGUUCACCGGUCCACCCACCGCUAAAAAGGAAACCCAUUGAUUUCUUUUCCGUAGGUGUAAACUUAAUUCUUGAUUCUGCUGCGCUAUCCGGGAUCGAAGUGGGAAAAAAAACUGGUGGGAAGGGACAAGGGGUUGCCCCUAGAUUGCCUUUUGUGGGGCGCGGGUCUUAUCGCCAUAUAUGGUUAAAAAUAUUUGUCCAAGUUGGAGCUCCCGCGACUUUUCUACAAACCAGAGCUGGAGCAGGAGGCAAUCGUACUGGUAGGAUGUAAAAUUUUGAUUGUUUACGAGAUUAAAGUGGACAGGGCUUGCCCCGAAAUUGGGUUUUGUCGGUGAAACUCUGCUCAAAAUUAGAUUUUGGAUCUGAGUCUUUGGCUUGGGUGGCAAAUUCUCGAUGCUGGGGAUCAUUGGUAAAAAGGGCACAGAUGUCGGUAAAGAGAACUCCUUGUAUAUUAGAUUUGACUGAAUUUCGUAUAUUUGUGAGGCAUCUCUAAUCGUUUCUUUGGUGCUUUCAGCUAGAUGCUCUGUGGUGCAUGCUGGUAUGCCCUAAUUGUUAUUUUUACAGAUUUUCUGUGUAGGGAGCUGGGGUGGGUGCUUAAAGUUUCCAUGUGAUGUGGGGGGACAGUGAUAGCCUCAAGACAGCUAUUUUGUCGGCAAAUCUGGCAUUGGAAUCUGAAGAUUUUGGAUCUAGGUAAAUAGCUUUCGUGGCUAAUAUACUAGUAAAGGUGCUGGGAUAUACGUGCAGGAAUGCUAUAAAGGGACUUCUCUAGAUCAGAUCUGAUUGUUCUCUGCAGUCUGUGUAGAUGAUAUGCGUGGAUUGUUUCCUUUGGACUUAGAUAUCAUGAAUUGAGUGGACAAAGGAUAUGGGCAAGUAAAUCCUCUCGCUCUUUAUUUUCUUCUUUAAAUUUGCUAAUGGUGUCAAUGGAUUUGAUAAAUUCUUUUGGUUUUCUGUUCUUACAGAAGAAGUGGGUAGUUCCACAGGAGGUUUUGGUAGUCCCAAAAUGGAUUUUUUAUUUUUUUUUUUAGUUUUUCUUUUUAAUUUUUAUGGUUUCGGACAUACAGCAAUGAGUUCUGCUAGUUCUUCAUUACAUGAUGAUAGAGGCCAGGGAUAAUCCAGAGAAAAGCUUUGUCCAGAUAGAAGUUUUUUUAUUAUCAAAUUAUAUUGUUUGAAUUUCGGAUUUGAAUCAAUACUUGACUGGUUUUUCUGUUGCAUGAGAUGUGCGAGGAGAGGUGUUGGUCUAUGAAGAAACUUCUGUGAUUGAACUUGAUUUGAUAUAGGUUCACUGAUUUUGUUGGUUUUUCCAGUAACAUGUGACAUGAGUGCAAAGCUGUUGACCCUACAUAUUUUCACAUGUGUAGUUCUGAUUCUUAGUGAGUGGGUGACAUCUGCAUCCUGCUUCUGUGGGAUGCAAGAAAAGGUCUUUAGAAUGAUAAUUAAUGGUAUAAUUUGAUCAUUUUGGUUAGAGUUUCAGCGUAGCUUCAUGCACUUUGUUGAUGGUUUGAGACUAUCCAGUGACUGAGAAAACAAUAGUUUGUGGGAAAGUUCAUGAAGGCAAACACUGGGUCAAAGCGUAGAGGUUGAAGAUAGGCAACUUGCUUUUAUUGCUGCUGUUUGUUAACUGAUAUGAGGGAUAGCACAUCUCUAAUAGCAUGUUGUGUUUAAGAAUCUCUUCAUCCAUUGGAUGUGCUUCGGUGAGUUUUCCUUGGGUUUGUUGCUUUUGUGUGAUCAGGGAAACAAUAGUUAGAAAGAACCAUGCUUUUGGAAAAAAGAUAGAAGUAUGUCAUGUUAAUGCACCAGUUACAGUCUCGCUAAAGAACAUUGACAAUAGAAAUGAUGAGUGAGUUGUUACCAUUCUUCCAUUCAUAAAAUACAAAGCAUACAGAAAGUUUCUUUUGAGUCAUAUACGAUGAGCUUUGCUCAGUGGAUUUUGUGUAUGUUACAUUGUGUAUUUUUCUCAUAUCCAUGGGUACUCCAGUUGGGAGAUUAAUUAAGAUCUUUUUGUAUUAGAUAUGUUAAUACUGGAAAGGACAAUGGCUUAGAAACUUUGUAAAGCAGAAUGCUUUUACUUUCUUUACUACCACUCAGAUUUACAAUUCCUACGAAUUUGUGCAUAUUGUGGGACCCUCGUGAAAUAUUGAUAGGGUCUUUAGAUUUGGCCUUUGUUCUUUGAGCAGACAAGGUGAUGGAGCUUAGAUAGCUUUUGCUAACAGUUAUUUUUUUCAAGCAUUUGUCUAUGCAUUCUUUUUCUUGGACAUGAGCAUGCACAUACACUUUUUAUUUGAUAUUUCAGCCAUUCACAGAGAAACUAUCAGAAUAAACUUUGACUUUUACUUUAUUUUUUUAUUUUUUUAAUUUUUUGGGUAAAAGAUUGGUAAUGCCUUCGCCAUUUCAUUAAGAGAAUGAAGUGGAACAUCAAAAACAGUGAGAAGGAAACAGAAGGCAAAACAAAAGGCAUCCCCUGAAGGGAACCUACAGAGGAGGAACUUGAAUUAUUGGUUUAAUUCUUUCAUGUGAUUUUUCCUAUUUAAAUUUCAAAAGCUUCUAGCUUGUUGGACUGUAGUUUUUAUACUUUUGUCUGUCUAUUUACUCUAUUUGGUAAUUUAUAAAUGGCGCUUGGUUAGCUCUCAAGUGUUUUCUUUGCAGAAGUUGGGCCUUUGUAGUUUUAUUUACCACAAAAGAAUAAUCAGAAAACUUUUUGCUUUCGGAAGAUGCAAGCCUUCUACUGGUACCUUAACCUGCAUGUUAUUCUCCAUCUCAAUAUAAUCGGGAUCUUCUUAAUAAGUAAUUUUAUUUUGAAUACAGGGAGAAUAUCUAUAUAAUAUUUCUAAUGAUUUUGGUGAUUCAGUUGGAUUCAUCUCUAACAUAUCUUUUUAUAUGGUCCAAUAGUAGCAUAUGGUUGAUACAUAAUUGGCUGGAGGUAAAAAAUAUUUGAUAGCUGUAUGGAGGUUAAAAUGGAGAAGAAACAGAAAGUUCUAGAACUACGAGAAAGACUGGACAAGACUCUGGCUUUGCCUGAUCUUGCAAAUGAAGAGUCAAUCAAGUCACUCGUUACAAAACAACUUCUACGCUCCUCGUGGUCUGGCAUGAAAGGAGACAUAGAGCCUGUUGUAGAAAAACGGGCAAGAGAGGUUUCCAAUUUUCUUGAGAUGUUGAGAAGUGCUUCAGGUGGAAUGGAAUCUCUUAAGGCUCAUGGGACAUCACAGAGUGAUUGGAAGAUAAAACAAGAUACAGAUCGUUUUCGUGUGAUGUAUCGUGAAGGUCCCCAUGGCACCCCAUUUCAUACUCUUCUUACUGAAGGUUACGUUGAUGGACCUAUUGAUGUCUGUUUAUGUGUUUCAUGGGAGUCCACUCUCUAUAAAAAAUGGUGGCCACAGUACAACUUACCGACAUUCAAAAUUACCAUGUCCACCUGUUUGCAAAAAGUCAGAAUUGGUGAAGAAAUAUCUUUAGUAAGAGUGAAGGUUGCCUGGCCAGUUUCAGAUAGAGAGGCUCUUCUGCACUACUUUGAAAUUGAAUACUUGAAGGAAGAUCUUAUUCUUGUACUAAUCAACACGAUUUCAGAUUCGGAGCAUAUAGAUAUAAGCACUCAUGGGUUCAGUAGAGAUGGAAUUCCUGAAGCAAAAGAUACAGUACGGGUAGAUUUAGUUGGAGGCUUCGUUUUGCAAAAAGCUAGUGCCAACAGAAGCUAUUUCAGGGCUAUAGCAAAUAUGGACAUCAAGCUGGAUUUUGUGCCUCCAUCACUUAUCAACUUCAUAUCAAGGCAGCUACUGGGCAGUGGAUACAAGCUAUAUCAAAAGGCUGUUGGAACUGUGGCCACCAGUGAUGAUGAUUACCGCAGGGCUUUAGAAGGACCAAUGUAUAUUCAGGUUCGUGAGGGCCUGGAUUCACACAACAAAUUCAAGACAGAUUUAGUGGGAACAACAGGGGAGAAACUUACAGGCCCCAUCCCUGGGGAGCAUACAGUAAAAACCACUGUAGAAGCAACUGUAGAAGCAACACUAGUAACAGAUAGUUCAUUUGUCUCUGAGAUUGUAGAGGAGGAGCCAGAACGGCAUCAAUGUUUGGAAUUGGAUCAAGUCAAUAGUGCCCCUGCAACCAAUCCAAUCGCUGGUCAGGAGCAUGUUGUCAGAGAUGAAGCUUUUGUCAGUCCUGAGGUGGAACAUGCUCUAGGCAUAUUAGAUAGUGCAAUUACUAUUAUUCGAAACCGAGGUUCUAACAUCCUGACCAACUGUUCAUCAGCUGAUCAGCAGUUACUAGCUUCUGAAGCAGCUGCAGAGGCUGGUUCUGCCAGUGGUGGAGAUGCAAUUGAAAUCGGUAGCAACAUGGAAAAAACCUCGGCCAGUUCUGAAGCCAGGUCACUUGCGAAAGGUUCCAGAAACAGCACCGUGGAGUCUGCCCCACUAUCGAAGGAGAGAUUUGCGAUUUUGGGCAACACAGAGGCAAUUGAUUUUAGGAUUUCUUCCCAUAACAAGUUGAUAGAAUCCAAAGUCACCAUGGCACAGCCACCAGUGUUGGAGAGCAUGAGAAGGGUGUGCGACGAAGGCAGCAUCAAGACCGAUUGUUUUCACGAGAAUGGUCUUUAUGAAGGAACGUUGGGGCGAAACAGGGAAAAGAAAAAUUGGUUCUGUUGCUUCAGUUCAAGUUUCGUUAGAAGUUGAGAGAAGACAUGCAAUUAUUUCAGUAAACUGUGACAGAGAGCUGCUGCUCUUUAGAAUACAAAUGAGAUGUUAUGGGAUAGCUUAGAAUUUGUCGUGUUGUUUGAAAACUUACCCCCUUAAUUUCUCGAAAAGAAAAGAUUCUGCCAUAUACAAAUAAAGAUGUAAUGUCGUCAUGUUUGUGGGGAAGAUAUAUCAUUGCUGAUAGUUCAAACUCAAAAUGAUGAAUCAUUAAGUGUUUGAUUGCA